GUCUGUCUAAUUAUAUUUUAAUAAUUUUAUAAGUGAUAAUUAAAUUUUUUUAAAUUAUAGUCCUUGAAAAUGUGUAUUAACUAAUUAUAGUGCUCUUAGCUUUAAAGUUAUUAUAUUGUAUUUCAAAUUUAGAAGUCUGUACUUAUUCUAUAUUAAAUCUUAUAAAAAAUAAUUAUGCCUUCAACUUACAACAAAAAAGCAUUACGCCGGAAGAUGAAAAAAAGAAUGCCAAAAGUUACAUUUCCACUCAUAAAAGAUUUAUGGGAUGAUAAAGCUUCAGUUAGGAAGAAUCUAAGAAACUUUGGCCUUACCAAUGAUCCUAGUAGAUCAAUAUUGACAGGUUUUGUUAGCAAUCAGUCACAAGAAAAUGCCCCAAUGGAAGGAACUGGAAAUUCUGUAGUACAAAUAACUCGACAAAAAAAAAAUAGAAAACCAACAAAAGUAAUUAAGAAAUUAGAAGAAGAAGCUAAAAAACCUAGAAAACUCAAGCAAAUAACAAUACCACCUGGUACAAUAAAAUUUUUAACUUAUCUGAUGGAAAAAUAUGGCAAUAACUAUAAGGAGAUGACUAAAGAUCCUAAAAAUGUUUAUCAGAUGACCUGGAAACAGAUACGUGCCAAAAUAUUGAUAUUUAAAGGCAUAAAAGAUUAUGAAUACUUAAUGCCAAGACCAAUUGACGAGUCAAAAUAAUUUUUUUAUUUUACAACAAUUAAAUUUUGAAAAUUAUAAUGUUCAAAAAUAAAAAUUUAUGGAACAUUUAAAGUUUGUUAAAAAAAAAUAAUAAUAAUAAAAAUAAAAUGUACAUUAAAAAGGU